AUGGCCGGCAGUGACGCUGUCGACAAGCAGAAGCUUGUCAAGGACUUUUGCUCGGCCACCGCCGCCACCGAGGAUGUGGCUGUCCAGUAUCUCGACGCCCACCACUGGGACUACGUCUCCGCCGUGAACAGCUACUUUGCCGAUGACGACGACAAGGAUAUCGCGGGGGCCAGCGCGGCCGCCGAACCAGCAUACACCGGCCCUCGAACCCUUGAUGGCCGGCCGGCCCCUCAGUCGUACCAGCGAUCCGCCCGCGGCGCCACCUCGCAGCCCAAGAGAAAAGGCGUCGCGACGCUGGGCUCGCUAGGAGGCAGCUCCUCCCACCAUCACGACGACGACGACGAAGACGACGACGACUACAGCGAUGGCGAUGACGAUGGCCGAGGCAAUCUCUUCGCCGGCGGCGAAAAGUCCGGCCUGGCCGUGCAGGACCCGAAGCAGGAGGGCAGUGGAUCGCGCGGCAUCAUCAACGACAUCUUGGCCAAGGCCCGAGCUAACUCUUCGCGGCCUGAAACCUCCGACCCAGAGGCUGGCCCGUCCCGUCCGUCCCGAUUCCGCGGCACAGGCAUGACCCUUGGCGGCGAGGGCGUCGAGAGCCGAAGCAUCCCCGAUCCUCUCGGACCCGUCCGCCCCAGCAACGCGGAACCUCAGGAGCGAGUCUUGCACAUCUGGCAAGACGGCUUCAGCAUCGACGACGGCGACCUGCGCCGCUUCGACGACCCGGCCAACCAGGCAGACCUUGCUAUGAUACGGUCCGGCAGAGCGCCCCUGCACCUCAUGAACGUGCAGCAUGACCAGCCCGUCGACGUCAAGCUCCACCAGCACGACACCCCGUACACGCCGCAGCCGAGGAAGUACAGGCCCUUUGGAGGUAGCGGACAGCGGCUCGGCAGUCCCGUGCCGGGCACGGGCAGCAGCCAGGCGUCCACCCGCGCUCCAACAUCGGGCGCCGCGCCGGCCGCCUCAACCUCUGACGCUGCUCCCACAGUGGACAGCUCGCAGCCGACCAUCAUGAUCCGCAUCCAGAUGCCCGAUGGCACCAGGCUCCCCGCCCGUUUCAACACGACGCACACCGUCGGAGAUGUGUAUGGAUUCGUCCAGGGCGCGUCGCCGGAGACUCGAAGCCGCCCUUGGGUCCUCGCGACCACGUUUCCCAACAAGGACCACACGGACAAGGACCUGGUGUUGGGAGAGGUCCCCGAGUUCAAGAAGGGCGGAACGGCCGUGGUCAAGUGGGCAUAG